ACCCCACGAACUCCCACCUCUGAAGACGUUGCAACGGACUCGUCAGUCUACGUGUAAAAGAAAUAUACCCUCCUGACAUUAUCGGAUCCUCCAUUGGCUGAAAAUUCCCCCUUCUGCCCAUAGAUCACGAUUUAAUUUAAAUUGAAUAAAAAGAAACAAAUUGUUGCAUAAGCACUUCAGGUAACGUAAGUAUCAACAAGUUGUAGAAACGAGGAUAAAAUGUAUACAUCCGUUGGAGUUGGCAGAUCUGUCUUAAAAGCCAUUAAACCACUGCAAAAUUUAAGAAAUUCUUCCGCUAUGUCAUCUUUUAAUUUUGAGACUAUCUCGGUAUCGAGUCCUAAAGAGUUUGUGUACAAAGUUCAACUAAACAGACCAGAUAAAAUGAAUGCAAUGAGUCAUGCAAUGUGGCUAGAAAUCGACAAAUGUUUCAAAAUGCUCGAUGAUUCCGACGAUUGUCGAGUGGUCAUGAUCACAGGAGCGGGCAAGGCAUUUUGCGCUGGAUUAGAUUUGCAAGAGGCUAUGAACAUGGGACAAGAUAUCGCACAGCACGAAGAUGUUGCACGCAAGGCUAGAGCACUCGAAAAACGAAUAAAGAUAUAUCAGGACGCAUUAUCUUCACUCGAAAAAUGUCGCAAACCCGUGAUUGCUGCCAUACAUGGUCUUUGCAUAGGAGCUGGCUUCAACCUCAUCUGCGGUGCUGACAUUCGAUAUUGCUCGACCAACGCUUGGUACGCCCUGAAAGAAGUCGAUUUGGGACUGGCUGCCGAUGUCGGUGCGCUGCAACGGUUCCCCAGGAAUAUUGGCUCCUCCAGCUUAGUCCGGGAGAUUGCCUUCACUGGACGGAAAUUAUCCGCUGACGAGGCUUUACAAUGUGGCUUUGUCAAUAGACUGUUCCAGGAUGAUGAGAGUUUAUGGACAGAAACACUAAAACUUGCGGAAGAGAUCUCCAAGAAAAGUCCAGUUGCAGUGCAGAACGCCAAGCUAACACUCGUUUAUUCAAGUGAUCACACUGUUCAAGAGGGUCUCGAUUAUAUUAGAAAUUUGAAUCAAGCGAUGUUACAGAGUGAGGACUUCGUCAAGGGUGCAGUCGCAUCGGCCACCAAAGGGGAACGUCCUACAUUUUCCAAAUUGUAAAUAGCAACGGAGGAAUGGGGUAUAUUUUCUCACGAACUGAAAUGGACAGGAAUUGGCCAAUGUUUAAAAUGUUAUGUAUUUUAUAAUUUUUUUAUACAUUUAUGAAGCAAUUUAAGAGAAAUCGGAGUAAAAUCGGAGGGCUUCCUUUAUAAAAAUUGGUUCAAUAGAAUUUUAUAAUAAAUUUUUAUACGUUAAAUAA